CACCUCGAAAGCAACAGCAAGUCAGCAACCUACCUAGCUAGAGCUAUCACUAUCAGUAUCAGGUACCUAGAGCUAGCAGCAGCCACACCCACACCGUACGUCGGCAUGGCUAGGUGGUCGUCGUCAGCUCUGGUCGCCGUCCUCGUGGUCCUGGCCGCGGCGGUGGCGUGCUCCGCGGCGCGCCCCGUCCCCGCGCAGCAGCAGCAGCAGGCGGGAGAGGACGUGAAGCGGCCGGACACGCUGCACGAGGGGACGGUGCUGAUCCCGGGGAUGGGGCGCUACGAGAUCGGCAGCCACUACAUCCCGGACAUCGGCGGGCUGGACCACAGCAUCCCCGCCGCCACCCACGGCCAGUUCCUCCCCGGCGCCGACGACACCUGGGUGCCCAACCCCGGCUUCGAGGUCCCCAACCCCUUCAUGCCCGGCGCGGCCACUCCCUGAACACGUACCCGCGCUGGCGAAGGUGGCUCUCGGUCGAUCUGAUCGUCGCGCGCCGCCGCCCGCCCUGAACGAAUAAUACUACUAGCUACUACUCGCUCUGCUACGUAUUAGCUAGCCGUGCUUGCCUGCUGCAUGUACGCAUGUCUUCGUGUGGCCUGUCCCACGUCUCUCUUCUAGUCUCUGUGCACUUUACGCUCCAGUGAAGUUACUGAAGUGUGCGCGCGCGAUGCGUAGCAGAUCUUUUGGGCCGGUAGUUGUUGCUGGAAGUGUACGUAGUAUGUAGCCGCUUGUUUCUUGGCCACUAUAUAUUAUUACAAAUAAAGUUUGAUGGAUGUAGUUAUGGGC